CCACCACUUGCACAACUUGCAUCUCUUGCUCGCUCACGACUCGCUCAAACGGCCGAGGCAACACGACCCCCGCCCCCACCACCACGCUGCCGAAACAAUCCGACCUGGCUCUCCGAGCCACCACCACCCGCAGCGCCUACCCCACCCCGCCGACCUCCCCCAUGGCGACCGCGGCAGCCGUCAAGCUCAGCCCGGCACUCAAGGCGCUCAUCGCCGCCCCGCAUGCGAGGGGAGAAGCGCUCGCUGCGCCCGCGCGGCAGGUGACGAAUGCGCUGUUUGACCGUCUCCGCGGCCGCGGCGAGGCGGGCGGCGUCGGCCGCGAGACGUGGCUGAGUGUCGGGUCUGCGGUGCUGUUCACGGUCAACUCGCCCGACGCGGUGACUGCGCUGUACAACUAUGCGGCGGAGGGCGAGGGCGUGGCGGGCAAGGUCGAGGUCGCUGUUAUCAUGCGCGAGAUCGGCCUCAAGUGUAUCUCUUUCAACGGCAUCCCGAAGACCAUCAACAACCUGAACUUUCUGUACGACCACUUGUCUGCCGACGUGCAGGCGGGUCUGAGCAAGGAGCCGCAGAGGCAACCACACGACAUCGCGGCGCUGUACAAGCGUGGCCUGGGGCUCUGGGACGGCAUCUACGAGCCGCACAGCGCGAAGCUGAUCGCCAAACUGUCAGCGUCGCACCCCGAUCUGGCGGUGCACAUCCUCAACAGCCACUACGGCCCGCUGCUGUCCGACCCGGCGGGCCCGGCCUUACCGGGAGCAUUCAAGCUCGGCCGCGUGCUCACCUCGGUGGUCGCGAUCGCCGCGCUGCGCGCGCAGACCGGCGUCGGGCCGCAGGUCACCUCGCACGUGUUCGGGCUCAAGAAGGCCCUCCUGCCCGGCGGCGGCGGCGAGGGGUCCACGCUGCAGGGGCAGGAGUGGCUCACCUCCGACGAGGGCGUCACAUGGGUUCUGGAGAGCGUGGACGACGCCACGGCUGUCAUUCGGGACGGCGCGACACGGAACCGCGCGGCGAGUCUGUAGAGGGAAGGGGUGGUGACAAGGUAGCAAGAGCAGUAUGAAUGUUGUAUGCCAAGGCGAA